AGAAUCACAUUUCUUAUUUGGACCAAUAUAGACAGAAACAAACCCAGCUCACUUGUUUCCCGGGACAGUUGAGUUAGGGGAUGGCUUUCACAGAGCAUUCACCGCUGACCCCUCACCGCCGGGACCUCUGUAGCCGCUCUGUCUGGCUAGCAAGGAAGAUCCGUUCAGACCUGACUGCUCUUAUGGAAUCUUACGUGAAGCACCAAGGUCUGAACGAGAACAUAAACCUGGACUCUGUGCAUGGUGUGCCAGUGGCAAGCACUGAUCGAUGGAGCGAGCUUAGUGAGGCAGAGCGACUCCAAGAGAACCUCCAAGCUUAUCGUAGCUUCCAUGGUAUGUUGGCCAGAAUGUUAGAAGACCAACGGGUGCAUUUUACUCCAGCUGAAGAUGACUUCCAUCAAGCAAUACAUACCAUUCUCCUCCAAGUCGCUGCCUUUGCUUACCAGCUGGAAGAAUUAAUGGUGCUUCUGGAACACAAGAUCCCUUCCAGUGAGGCUGAUGGGUUGCCCCUUAUUGUUGGAGAUGGUGGUCUCUUUGAGAAGAAGCUGUGGGGCCUAAAGGUGCUGCAAGAGCUUUCACAGUGGACAGUGAGGUCCGUCCAUGACCUUCGAGUCAUUUCAUCUUGUCAAACUGAGAUUCCAGGACGUGGCAGCCAUUAUACUGCUAAGGACAAGAAAAUGUAGCAGUUACCCCUCUCUCUCUUAACUUGCUUUCUCCUCUAGUGGAAUAUAUAUAGUUUUCUGAGGCCUCACUUUCCCAUUCUUAUUUUUGAAAACCUUUAAAACCACAGGCAUUUUCGU